GGGCAGUCGGGAACGGCGCAUGCGCGGGCCGGGUCGGGCCGGGGGCGGUUCUGCGCGCUCAUGUCCGGGCUGCGGGCGCUGCUGAGCUUCGGGCUGCUGGUGGGCGGCUCGCGCCUGUCGCGCGUGGGAGCUCGGGCCGGGACCUGUCCACGCGAGGCCCCUGCGUUCUGGGCGCCGCGGCGACCGAUCUCGGGGGACAGCGGGGCCUCGAAGCGCAUGGCGAGCGCGACGGUGAAGUACCUGAGCCAGGCCGAGGCCCAGGCCGUGGACGAGGAGCUCUUUAACGAGUACCAGUUCAGCGUGGACCAACUCAUGGAGCUGGCGGGGCUGAGCUGUGCCACCGCGAUCGCCAAGGCCUACCCUCCCAAGGCCAUGGCCAGGAGUUCCCCCACCGUCCUGGUCAUCUGCGGCCCCGGGAAUAAUGGAGGCGACGGGCUGGUGUGCGCGCGACACCUCCGGCUCUUCGGCUACCAGCCAGCCAUCUAUUACCCGAAAAGGCCCAGCAAGCCCCUCUUCACCGCGCUGGUGACCCAGUGCCAGAAGAUGAACAUCCCGUUCCUGGAGGAGAUGCCUGCAGAGCCCACACUGAUCGAUGAACUCUACGACCUGGUGGUGGACGCCAUCUUUGGCUUCAGCUUCAAGGGGGAUGUGCGGGAGCCAUUUCGCAGCAUCCUGAGUGUCCUGGAUGGGCUCACUGUGCCCAUUGCCAGCAUCGACAUUCCCUCAGGAUGGGAUGUGGAGAAGGGAAACUCUGCAGGGAUCCAGCCAGACUUGCUCAUCUCUCUGACAGCACCUAAACAGUCUGCAAAACAAUUUACCGGCCGCUACCACUAUUUGGGUGGGCGCUUUGUCCCACCUGCUCUGGAAAAGAAGUACCAGCUGAACUUGCCAACCUACCCGGACACAGAGUGUGUCUUUCGGCUCCAGUGAGGGGCAGGCCUUCAAGUCAGGACUUAAUGCCUCUAUCCUGGAACUGGGCAGCUUCUGGGAGUGCUUUUGGCAAUAAAAGCUGACAAGUGGUGGAAACAG